CGUCGAAAAAAAUUACCUCGAUUCGGAUGUCUGGAAAACGCCUGAUUAAUGAGCCGCAAACUCACACGAGUUAAGGUGGACUCGCGUUGACCCACGCACGUCGAUAGUAUCUCGGAUUACGCAUAGAGAUCAGCUGCGGCAAGAUGGCGCAUCUUUGAAGCGAAGGAGAAAGUUAGGUUAAGCCCUCUCUCAACACAGCAGACUACCAUGCCACGGAAGAAAUCCUCCAAACGUAAAAGUCGAAAGAGGGAGUCGUCCUCUUCGUCUUCCACCUCGAGCAGCGCCGGUUCGUCCACAGAUUCGUCCUCAGAUUCGACAAAAUUGCUCGAGAAGCUGCAGAAGCAACGGCAGAAGCAGAUCGAGGAGCGUAAACGGCAGAAGGAAUUGAUGAAAGCGACGGAAACACCGGAGGAAAAACGUCUACGUCGCCUGAAGAAGAAGGAAACCAAGGAACGUAGACGUAAGGAGAGGAUGGGCUGGGACAACGACUACUUGCAUUAUACAAACACCGACAAUCCGUUUGGAGAUGGCAAUAUUUUGUCAACGUUCGUGUGGUCAAAGAAACUGGGUAAGGAGGGUCUGCUCGGUGUGGGCAGAGAAGAAUUGGAGAUGCGCAACAGGCAUAAGCAAGAAGAGAACAAGAGGGAACUUGAGAAAGUGAAGAAAAGAAGGCAGGAAAGAGAGUUGGAACGGCAACAAAGAGAAGAAGAAAUGACCAUGUUGCAGAGAGGCAAGGAGGCUGCUCAGUUGGAGCAGUGGGCCAGGCAGGAGGAUCAGUUUCACCUGGAGCAAGCUAGAUUAAGAUCUCGUAUCAGGAUUCAGGAUGGUCGUGCAAAACCUAUCGAUCUUCUCGCCAAGUACAUCAGUGCGGAGGAGGAGGUGGAUGCGGUGGAGAUGCACGAACCUUACACAUACUUGAGAGGUUUGCAUGUCAAAGACUUGGAGGAUCUAAUAGAGGACAUCAAAGUUUACAAGGAAUUAGAGAGAGGCAAGAAUUUAGAUUACUGGAACGACAUAACGGUGAUUGUGGAGGACGAACUGCACAAGCUCAGAAAGUUGGAACGUACCGAGUAUGAAGUUGCUGUCGGUAGAAGAGAAGGAAUCCACGAGUCAGUGGCGAAGGACGUCACUGCUAUUUUCAAGGGUAAAACCGCGGCGCAAUUGGAGGCCUUGCAACAACAGAUUCAGGCCAAGAUCACGGGAAAACCAGAGGGCGUCGACAUCGGAUAUUGGGAGAGUCUUCUGUCGCAGUUAAAAGCCCACAUGGCGAGGGCGCGGCUGAGAGACCGGCAUCAAGAGAACCUACGUAAGAAGCUGGAAGUUCUGAUUGCCGAACAAGGCGUGGCUAGAGCGGAGAGCGAAGCUGAAAGCAGUUCGCAGGUACCGAGUGAGCCGUUGGCGAAGCAGGAAGCCGAGCCUUCCACGAGUUCCACCGCGGUCGAAAAGAACGAGAACAGCCAAUCCGAUGAUGACCAGGAGGCCAACGCCGCCGACGAUCUGCUAUCCGAGUCGUUUCGCGAGUACGAAUCGGGUUGCUACUCGCCGAGUUACACACCGUACUCGCAGCUCGAGCCGGGCACGAUCGUCACGCAGGAGGGCGACGACAAUCAGCGACUGGAGUACGCGAGACAGCAGGUACUCAGCACCGGUAGGAAGAUCCAAAACGUGCUUACGGCCGAGGAACAGGCGAUGCACAGGGAGGCGCGCAAGAACAUGGGCUCGGACGAAGCGCAAUUCAGCGUCGAGUCUUCGUUGGAGGCGCAGAUCUACCUGUGGUCCGACAAGUACCGACCGCGUAAGCCGCGUUAUUUCAACAGGGUGCACACCGGCUUCGAGUGGAACAAGUACAACCAGACGCACUACGACAUGGACAAUCCGCCGCCGAAGAUCGUGCAGGGUUACAAAUUCAACAUUUUCUAUCCGGAUCUCAUAGACAAGAAUACCACGCCGGAAUACUUCCUGACUCCCUGCGCCGACAACAAGGACUUCGCGAUUCUGCGAUUUCACGCGGGUCCACCUUACGAGGACAUCGCGUUUAAGAUCGUCAACAGAGAAUGGGAGUACUCGUACAAGCGUGGAUUCAGGUGUCAGUUCCACAAUAACAUCUUCCAGCUGUGGUUUCACUUCAAAAGAUACAGAUACCGCCGUUAAUAUAAUAUAUAUAUAUAUAUGUGUGUGUCAUUAUUUAAUAUUACGUACGUUCAUGUUAUUCCAUGAACGUUC